UAGAUUGUCUCUGUGUCACCUGUAAUAAGUGAACUUUGAUCUCAUGUGUUUGUGACUCUUCACCUCUGUCUCCUCUCACAGGGAGAAGAUGAUGUGCAUCAUCCUGCUGCUCAUCAACCUGACCUCCUGUGUCUGUGGAACAUUUGUAGUCAAUGUGACACAGACCUCCUAUCAGGCAGAGGAGAACCACAACAUCACACUGGAGUGGAUGUUCACCACCAAACCUGGCAGCUCCCUCCACUCCCUUUUUAUCUACUGUGAACUGAAAGCUGAUCUCAGACCAUCAGGUCUGUUUCGUCUACAUGGAGGUGUUGAGGUCCCAGAGUCUCAGGAUGAACAGUUUACAGGACGAGUCCAGUGUGACAAAGACGUCCUCAGAGAGGGACGACUCAGACUUCAUGUGUCCAGACUCAGGACUGAUGACUCAGGACUGUACAUGUGUGAAGUGUUGACACGUUAUGGCGGCAGCACUGCUACAUGUCGGCUCACUGUCACUGCAGCUGCUGAUGAGCCCAAACCUCAGAGACCAACAGAGAGUCCACAACCAGAGAGUCCACAACCAGAGAGUCCACAAUCAGAGAGUCGAGGAAGGAUUGGUGUCUACGUUGGACUGGGACUGAUAGCUCUACUCUUUAUCUGUGCCACUCUCUUUGCAGUCAAAGUCCAUUUUACUAAAUGUACUGAUAAGAAAGAAAACUAUGCAUCCACAGACACUGAUGUUACCAGAGAAACAACUCAUCAGGACGUACAGGACCCUGUGAGUGAGUCAUUAGAGCACUGAUUCAAGACCUGAAUGUCCAGCAGCAGCCCUGCCCCUAACUCAACAACUCAAAACACUGCAAUUUUAUAAAUGAGACUGGUAUUUCUCCUCAGGUGACAUGUUGCAGUUACUGUUCUAUUUUAUAUUAAACAUGUCUAAUCAGCUGCACAGUUAUAUUGUUUUUAUUCACACAGUGUUUCAGUUGUUGGUCAAUAUUGACAAAAGGAAAAAUAUGCAUGAUUUUUUUACCUUGAAUGUAAAAUAUUUCAUUUUCAUAACAACCAGAAUUUUCAGACCAAAAACGAAUGUUGCUGCUGUAACGUCCAAAUAGCCUCCUCCUCUGUCAGCCAUACCAGGUCCUCACAUCAACUCCUGCUUGUUUUCACUGAUCCCAGCACAGUUUAUUGUUUGUUACAGACUUUAUUUAAAAUGUGAUUUGUUGUUUUACUACAACCACAGAAAAAUGAGAGUCCUGACAAAAAUAC